AUGCUCCGUCCUGCACUGUCCUGUGAGCGCUCAGUCAGUACCACAGCCGCGCACACACACACACACACACACACAUACACAUACUCGUGGUGGAUGUAUUCAUGCCUCUCUCCAGAUAUUCUCUGACAACUGCGAUCGCUUAAGCCCGGAUUUUACUGCUGCACAAGACUCACGGACUGAAGCCAAGAACUGAAAUCCAGCAGUCGCUCUUCAGCAUCGCUCUUCCUUUCAUCCCCACCUGACGUUUGGCCUCUGUCACUUCUUCCAGUCUCUCGCUCUCUGUUUCUCUCUCCACUCACCCCCCCACCCCCCUCCUGACCCUCAGCCUCCCUGAUGCCUAAGAACAGCAAGGUGAUACAGCGCGAGCAGAGCCAUGAGCACGUCACGGAGUCGGUGGCUGACCUGCUCGCACACGAGGAGCCGCUCGACUACAAAAGCAGCUCCCUGAACGUCGGAGGGGCUGCGGGGAAGAAAGUCCCUCAGAUAGAGGUCCCUGAAAACGAUGGGCGACCCGCCUGGAACAGCAAACUGCAGUACAUCCUGGCCCAGGUGGGCUUCUCUGUGGGCCUGGGGAAUGUGUGGCGCUUCCCUUACUUGUGCCAAAAGAAUGGAGGAGGCGCCUAUCUGGUUCCCUACUUCAUCCUCCUCCUCAUUAUUGGCAUCCCUCUCUUCUUCUUGGAGCUGGCAGUGGGUCAGAAGAUCAGGCGUGGAAGUAUCGGGGUGUGGAACUACGUCUGUCCCCGCCUGGGUGGAAUAGGAAUGUCAAGUCUGAUGGUGUGCGGCUUUGUGGGUCUCUACUAUAAUGUGAUCAUCGGUUGGAGCAUUUUCUACUUCUUCCAGUCCUUCCAGUAUCCUCUCCCAUGGAGUGACUGCCCAAUCAGAAAGAAUGGGACACUUGCCAUUGUGGAGCCAGAAUGUGACAAAAGCUCGGCUACGACCUAUUUCUGGUACCGGCAGACUCUGAACACGACCAGCACCAUCGCAGAGAGCGGCGGCCUCAACAUCAAAAUGACCCUGUCUCUGCUGGUAGCCUGGAUCAUUGUCUGCCUCGCCGUCAUUAAAGGAAUCGCUUCCUCUGGGAAGGUGAUGUACUUCAGUUCUCUUUUCCCCUACGUGGUGCUGUUCUGUUUCCUGGUCAGGGGUUUAAUGCUGAAGGGCUCCGUAGAUGGUAUCGCUCACAUGUUCACUCCCAAGUUGGAGAAGAUGCUGGAGCCGCAGGUGUGGAGGGAGGCCGCCACCCAGGUCUUCUUUGCCCUCGGUCUGGGUUUUGGAGGAGUCAUUGCCUUCUCCAGUUACAACAAGAUUGACAACAACUGCCACUUUGACGCCGUGCUCGUCUCUGUCAUCAACUUUUUGACCUCCAUUUUGGCCACACUGGUUGUGUUUGCUGUGUUGGGCUUCAAGGCCAACAUCAUGAAUGAAAAGUGUGUUGUGGAGAAUGCAGAAAAGAUCCUGGGAUACCUCAACUCCAACGUCCUGAGCCACGAUCUUAUUCCUCCACAUGUGAACUUUUCCCAUCUCAGCACGUCAGACUACGCUGAGAUGUACGGGGUCAUUAAAACGGUCAAAGAGGACAGCUUUCCCCAGCUGGGUCUGGAGCCUUGUGUUCUGGAGGAUGAGCUGAACAAAGCUGUCCAGGGCACCGGCUUGGCCUUCAUCGCCUUCACAGAAGCCAUGACGCAUUUCCCAGCAUCUCCCUUCUGGUCAGUCAUGUUCUUCUUCAUGCUCAUCAACCUCGGUCUGGGCAGCAUGAUCGGCACCAUGACCGGCAUCACCACACCUGUCCUCGACGCCUACAAAGUCCAGAAGGAGCUUUUUACAGUGUGUUGCUGCAUCAUCGCUUUCUUAUGCGGCUUGUUGUUUGUUCAGCGGUCGGGAAAUUACUUUGUCACCAUGUUCGAUGAUUAUUCGGCCGGUCUGCCUCUCACUGUAGUGGUCAUCCUGGAAAACCUGUCCGUUGCUUGGAUAUAUGGCACCAAAAGGUUCAUGCAGGACCUGGAGGACAUGUUAGGUUUCCGACCUUGUAUUAUCUAUUUCUACCUUUGGAAGUACGUCUCCCCUCUCUGUCUUAUCGUUCUCAUCUCAGCCACUGUCAUCGAGAUGGCCAUCAGCCCACCAGGAUACAACGCCUGGGUUCAAGACCUGGCUCAGGAACGCUUCCAGAGCUAUCCUCCCUGGGCUCUGGGCAUGUGCUUCGCUCUUAUCAUUGUGGCCAUGCUUCCGCUCCCUGUUGUCUUCAUCGCCCGACACUUCAACUUGAUGUCAGACGGCUCUAACAAGCUGUCCGUCUCUUACCGUAAAUCUAUGAUGAAGGACAUAUCCAACCUUGAGGAGCAGGAUGAGGCUAGAUUCAUCCUUGGAGGCAAACCAGGCGAGGCCCCAUCAUCAGGGCCAGCACGCAAACCCUUCCUGACACCUGGAGGAAACAAACCCAUGGACUCCCUGUCUCCAAACAUCUGCUAUGGUACUAGCUACCAAAAUGCUGCCAUAAGCCCCACCACACCAACUACACCAAGCACACCUCUCACACCAGAGUCUGACUCUUGACUGUUGCCCAGCCUUGACAGACUCCCCUCUGACCACCCCUGUAGCACAACCUUACCCAUGAGGUCUCCACUGGAGCUAGCGCAGCUCCAGGAAUCCUCACCACUGCCCUGCCACAAAACUGUAAGUAGCCACCCAAUUUAUGAGCACACGCUUCAAAUAUAACACAAAGGAACUUCAUGAGAAGAUUUCCAGAAUGUUCCUGAGCAUCUGGAAGUUAGAAAACUGGAGAAAAGGGACACAUUUCACUCCUUUACAAUAAACGAAACUGUGGAAUCAGGUUGAGAUUAACAGUGACAAACUACAUCUGUAUAUAUUUAAAAACAUCAGGUUUAUGUGCUCAGAAUGAAGUUCUGUCAUCUGAUUUUCUUUGCCUUAGUUUAAGGAUCCCCUAGCAGACGCCAAACCCAUAGAAUAAGGAAAACGUCUGCACAGUGCAGGCAGUGUGAAAGAAUGAAUGUAGUAGAGUUUGUGAGGUUCUGCUGGUUUCCUAUGUAGCAAUAAUGGGUGUCAAAGCCAUGUACCACUUAAUACACAGCAAGUUUUCUUUAUAUUAGAUGUUAUGCAGUCGACAAGGUGCAGCUGAAAAGUUCCAAAACCAUACCUGAUUCAAAUUUGGACAAAUUGUUCUUCAAGGUCAUGCUCAGCACAGCUGUGGGAAGUCCCAUUUUCACUCCACACUGUGAAUUCAAGUCACAACUAAACUCUACUGUAAUGUCCUGAGGUGUCUGAGGAAGACAUUCACAGCAAACCACCUGACCUGUGGUGUUUGCCGCUGUGUGCUGGCACACAAGGAAACAAAAACAACACCCUACUCUGUAUGUUUAAGAAAAUGACCUUAAAGGAGGGCACUUCCAAAUUAAGAUCAGGUAACGUUUUUGGUCACAGACUUGCAGCUCUGUUCUGAUGCCGUGAGAUUUGUUUUCAUAGGACUAUGCUUUGUAAAAUAUGGUAAGACGACUCUAAAGGCACCCGUUUAUGUUCCAAUCAGACCCCACAUCCACCUCCUCCUGUAAUUUGCGUGUAGAGUCUAUUGUUGUUGUUCAUUUUGUAAAAACAUUAAAAGGUGUAAAAUCA